CCCGUCUCCUAUGAAUUUGUUUUCGCAGUCUCCUUAUGGUUGUCAUUUCAUUAUCUCCUUGGCGAUACCCGAGACAGGGCGGGUAAUCGCAAUGUCCAGUCUACUGCAGUUUUAUCAUUGCAAGUCUGUUGUUAUUAUUGUUGGACACGUCAGAUGCCUUGUUGUUUCUUUUUUACGUCUCUCUCCUUGUUGCAUGGUUACAAAGGGUCAAACGGCAUUAAUUGGGGUCAAGGAAGGGGAUCGGGAAACGGUUUUCGCAUUGGGCUUGUGCCCCGGACAGAGGGAACUGGAUCAUUUGCGUAGUGACAGCGCAGGCUAAUGACUGCGAUGGCAGGACAGUUGGCAGGUCCAAGAUGGCUGGUGUCGCCUUCUACUUCCCCUGUUCUAUAUGCUAUGGCACCUUUAUUGUUUUCGCCUUAUAAUAUUUUUGCGUAUUUCUUUUUGCCGCUUUACAGGCAGUUUUCAACGCUCGGUUCCGUCUUGGUCCGCUUCGCAUGGUAUGGCAUUGCUCUGCUUCGCCUCUUGUUCGAUUCUUCUCCUAUUUACUUUUCACUUAUUUUUUGUCGAAUUGUUCAGUUUGGUUUUCAGAUACCUUGUUCGAUAUACAGAUUGUUUCUUUUGCGGCCACAUGACGGCAAUAACAUGAUCUGGCAUGUCCUGGGAACCCGUUUUUGGGCCCACGACGCAGCGUCGCAUACCGUCAAGAGGAGGCUGGCCCAUACUCGUGUAUAGAUGAAUAGUGUUUGCUUUGAAUAAUCAGCACCUGUCAAAACAUCAUUUCUUG